AUGGAAAAUAUGUUACAAGAGGAUUCUCAAAGCUUUGACUUACCUAAAUCUCUUCAUGAAUUUUUUUGCUAUGUGUUUACAAGCAAUUGUCAUAUAGACGAAGCCAGUGUAACCUCUGAAGAAAUGCGGACUUUGGAAGAGCUAGAUUCGUUAGAGGUCCUUGAAAAUUUGAAAGAGGUAGUUUUGGAACUGCUGAGAUUUAAAAGAGAUCAUAAAACCUCAGAUAAUGCAGAACUAAUACAAAAAAGUGAACAAUUUGAAACACUACUACAAAAGUCAGAAGCUGAAGUAAGAAAUCAUAUACGAAUCGAGCAUCAGCUUAAACUUCAUAUAGAAUCUUCACAAAAUCGAAUAGAUGAGCUGGGUGCAGGUCCAAUGAUAGCGCAUUUUUAUAGUGUGCAUUUCGCCCAAGUACUUUUGGUCGGAAAAUUGGUUGAAUCUUUUUGAUAGUGAGACAUUUGACUAAAAAAAACGUUAAAUUUCAACCAAAUGUCACACUAUUUAAAAAUUUUGGACCAAUUGUAAUUCGAUGAAAUGUACACUGUCAAAAAUCCACCGACAUUUGACAUGGAGCCAGAUGAGCUAGAAAAGCUCAACUCUCAGCUAUCAAAAAAACUAGAAGAUGGGAGCAGUUCUGGAAAGCACAGCGAUAAAGAUGUAGACUUGAAACUUAAGCAAAUUGAACAGAGAUUUAAUAACGAAAUGAAAAAAAUCACUAAUCAGCAUAUUGAUAAUAAAAAAGAAACAAGUGAAAAAAUCAUCAAAGAAUAUGAACAGAAAAUAGAACAAUAUGCAGAAGAUGCAGAAAAGAAAGAUAAAGCUAUUAUUAGGCUAAAAGAAGAAUGCAUUAAACUGAAAAAUAAGCUGGAAGAAAAAAUGGUGGAAAAUGAAAGGCUGAAAAAUGAGAUAGAACGACUGAGAGCUGGAGAGAAAAAGACUGAGCCAAGGAAUGCGGUGAAUAUUGAUUAUUUAAAGAAAAAACUUGAAGAAAAGGCUGCGGAUCUGAAUAAGAUGCAACAAAAGAUUAAGGAGAGGGUUAAUGAUAAAUCUCCUGCAUUAGCAAAUAAUAAAGAAAUACAACAUCCUUCAAAGGAUAGGUCUCGAAGCAACCGGAAAUCGCUUGGAGAAGUGGAUAUUAUGAAAAGCAACACAAUCGAAGCUAGAAAAGAAAACACUGAAUCUUCACCUUUGAGAGAUAGUUAUAAAGGAUCUCCUGUUAAAAAGGCAAAGGUAGUUCAAAAGGGGCACUCGAGGAGCAGAUCUGAUCAGAUCAGGCCAAGCACAGCGCCAAAGCGCAUUGGGAAUCAUUAG